UCUCUGUGGGGUCGACCCGGCCCGCCCCGGCGCGGAGUGGGUUUGGUGAGGGUGGUGGGUUUGGGGACGUGCGGUGGCUGGGUCUGCUCGGGCCUGGCACGGGGAUGGACUUUCGGGCCGCUGCCUUGGUGAAGGGUGUGAUGUAUGUGUAGCUAUCAUCAGGUCUCUUCAUACCAGCCAGAAGCGUUUCCUGGGUUGAAACGUGGCUCUGGGGGCAGAGUUGCUCACUUACCCUUCUUGUAAUGCAUUGCUAAAGCGUUUUGAUAACAACGGCCUUCUGCAAGUAACAGAUUUCCUUCUCAUGUUCCCUGUUGGGCUUUCUGAAGUGCAGCUUUAAAGAGCUUUGUAGAUCAGGUAUGGGAUAAGAUCUUUCCAGCGUACUAAGCAUGGUUCGAGAACAAAAAUGCAUAUUAUGUCACGUUGUGUACAACUCAAGAAAGGAGAUGGAAGAGCACGUAAGAAGCAUGCUCCACCACAGAGAACUUGAAAACCUGAAGGGAAGGGACAGCAAUCAUGAAUGCCGGGUGUGCAGAGUGACACUGGUGGGUUUGUCAGCAUAUGCCAAGCACAUCUCCAGCAAGCUGCACAAAGAUAAUGUUUAUGACCAUGACAGAAAUCAGGAAGAGAAAGAAGAGGCAGAAGAAGAAUAUCUUGACAAAGAAGUCAUUCAACUAAUCAAACAAAGGAAGGAACGGAACCGGCAAACUGAGCCAAGCUGUGCAAACCAAGAAUUAGAAUGUGAUGAUAGGAGAUCACAGAGAAGGCGAGAAGAAAGAACUACUUACAAAGGAAGAGAUGCUUAUGAUCAGCCAUCAUGGCAUCAUCAUAAUGCACCACAGAGGGACAGGAAGUGGGAAAAUUAUGAUUAUAUUAGUCCUAGACAAGGCAAUUUUUCACACUCUCAGUGGAACCUUAACAGACAUUCAGGUGGCUCAAAGGAACGCUUUGGAAGGCAUCAAAAUGUUUCGGGAAGCUCUUCAAAUUGGCAUAAGUAUGGGAAUUCUGGAAGUGCUUGGCAUCCAAGCAGGUGGGGAGGAGGAGCAUCAAAUUGGCAUCACAGUGCUAGGGAGAGAAAUUCUGCUUGGCACUUGGAAGGAGCAGGUAAUUUUUCUAUUUGGAAUUCUAAGUGUUACGGAGGAAACUGGAAAUCUGGUUCUCGUGGUUCAAAUGGCUGGAAUUUUGGAGGCUCAGGAGAUACGUAUUCAGUAGAACCUGUUAAAUAUAAUAAGGAAAGAUAUGCAUGGCAGGAGAAAGACACUGAUGUUCCGCCAUACAGAGAUCGAAAAAAUAGGAAGGACUCAGUUGAUUUUACUAGUGAUAAAUUUCCUUUUGAGGGGGCUUUGGAUUUUGGUACGUUAAAGCAACCAGAAAGCAAAACUUCAAGAGCCAGUGGAAAAAGUGGCAGUCCUUCCAGAGAUAAAAUGCAUCGCUGGACUCCUUACCCAUCCCAGAAAGCUGCAGAGCAGCAACCAUGGGCUGAAGAUAAUGUAUCUAAAACUCCAGAUAAACUGGAGUCUGUAAUUAUGCCUCUUACUGAUUCACCAAUGAAAGGAAAAACUUGUGAAGUCAGUGUUAGCCUUUCAAAACCUAAAAACUGGGAAGCAUUUUCCCCUUCUAAUGUGACCUUGGAUCACAUUGAGGCUUGCAAAGUAAUGAAAGACUGUUCCAGUGGUGAAAAGCCUGACAAAACUGAUGGCACAAGUAAUAAGAUGCCAUCAUUGAAGGUUCCUCUUCUGAAUAUCACAGAUACUAUGUUAUCUUCUCCAAAGCAAGACAAAAACAGUGUCUUGAAAAAUUUCAAGGUUUUGUUAUCCUCAGCUAGUGGUGAAGAGCAGAAUCAUUUGAAUGCACUGAACUUGGAAACAAACAGUUUCUCCUCUUAUUCGUCGAAGCUGCAUGGUGCAUGUGCGGAUAACUUACAAAACAACAAAGAUGUCCUUGGUAGCCAUCUUGGAGAGACUGUUAAUAACUUGUGUGAAACAGAACAAAGCCCCAAAAAUAUUCAGUCCACCCAUUCCUUGCAAAAUGUUCCCUUAAGCUCUUGCAAGGAUGCAAGUGACCAGAAUAGGGGAGAAAUUGGGAAAACGCCACCAAAGGACAACUUCAGACUAGAUUCAUUAGAAGAUGUGAGCGAUGAUGAUUUAACAAGAGGUGAAAAGUUAGAAUCAAGAGCUGAAAAGUUGUGUUCUUCUGUUAGUUCUUGUUUACCCUGUGACACUUCAGAAGGUAAACCUGCUACCCCUGAAAAGGGUGAUGAUGAAAAGCUGACUGCUUCAAGUAUUGCUCCUGCUGAUCUAAAAGAUUCUGUGUUUCAGAUGGACUCCACAGUUUCUCCAUCAAGCGGUCAGAACCAUGAGCAUGUAGAUUUGAAAACCCCCUUGCAGGAUCGAGAAGGGGAUGAAGAGCAGGUCAAGUCACACGAUCACUUUGAAAUGGAAGGUUUUGAAAAUCCAUCAGAUCAUGAACUGCAAAAAGGAGGAGGCCAGUCAAUGGGCCUGCUUCCUGAUUUAAGCAAACUUGGCCUCCCUGCAUCUCUGCAACGAGACUUGACACGACAUAUUAGUUUGAAGAGCAAAGUUGGAACACAUCUUCCAGAGCCCAAUCUCAAUAACGCACGGCGCAUUCGGAAUGUGAGCGGGCAUCGAAGAAGUGAGACUGAAAAGGAGUCAGGACUUAAACCCACCCUCAGGCAGAUUCUUAGUGCUUCCCGGCGAAAUGUAAACUGGGAUCAGGUCAUCCAGCAGGUAACCAAGAAGAAGCAGGAACUUGGCAAAGGCUUACCAAGGUUUGGCAUCGAAAUGGUGCCUCUUGUUCAAAAUGAGCAAGAGGGUCUAGAACCUGGUGAAGAAUCUGAUCUGUCUUCCCUAGAAGGAUUCCAGUGGGAAGAGAUUUCCUUAGCAGUGCCUGGCUCAGCCAGAAAACGUAGCUUUUCUGAAAGUAGUGUUGUUGCAGACAGAACUCCUUCUGCUUAUAGCUUCUUCAGUGAACAAGCCAAAAUAAAAGAAACUGGGCAAAUAACUGCAGACAGCCCCUCGCAUCAUAUAACAUCUGGGUAUGAGGCAAGUGCCGACACUGAGGCUGACUUGAAACAGGAGAUAUCUUCUCUGCCUUUGUCACCAGUUAUGUCUGAAAAAACUGAGACUAGUGGAAGGAGUCAAAGUCUACCAGCCACUUCUGAGGUCGCAGGCCUCACAAAACAAGAGCAGGAGAGCCCAGAGAAGAGAACACCUCUUCUUGAAAAACAAAAUGUGCUAGAAAUCUCAGAAGAAAACCAUCCAGCUUCAAAUAAUGCUUUACUUCUUACAUUGUCUAAUAACAUAGAUGCAGCUACAGACAGCAGCUGCACAUCUGGUACUGAGCAGAAUGACAGCCAAGGAAUUGGGAAGAAAAGAAGAGCAACUGGAGAGGGAUCCUCUCCUGAGAUCCCUAGUCUAGAAAGAAAGAAUAAGAGAAGAAAAAUCAAAGGUAAAAAAGAACGUUCUCAGGUAGACCAGUUGUUGGCUAUUUCGCUGAGGGAAGAAGAGUUAAGCAAGUCCUUGCAUAGUGUGGACAGCAGUCUCUUGCAGGCCAGGGCUGCCCUGCAGGCUGCGUAUGUUGAAGUUCAACGGCUCCUUGUGUUAAAGCAACAGAUAACCAUGGAAAUGAGUACACUGAGAAGCCAGCGAAUCCAGGUCUUGCAGGGGCUACAAGAAACAUAUGAACCUUCUGAGCUGUCAGAGCAACUUCCCUGCAGUGUCUCAAGUGAAAGAAGAAAUAGCAAAUCUCACGUGGCAGCUGACUUAGUUCCUACAGGCGCCUUCCUGCCCCUGUUGGACACUUUGUCGUCUUCUGUAGCUCCAUUUGGAGCUACUGUUCAUGUUCCCGUACCAUCACCAUUCCAGUCUUCUGGCAUUGCACCCGCUGCUCCUGCUGACUCCUCAGUACAAGUUAAACGAGAACCUGUGUCUCCAAAAGGCUCAGAAGAAAAUGUGAAUUCUGUACUCCAGAGCUCUCCAUAUGCUUCACGAGCAGAAGAGGGGGAGCAAAAGGAUGAAGAGACCAACCAGAAAACUUCAGUGUAUCCAGUUAUCUCUGCAACCAUAUCCCUAUCAGAGCUGGCAGCUUGUUUCCAACAAUCUAAUCAAGAUGUACACAAGCCUACUGUGGACAGCGGAGAAGCUGGACUUCCUGAAAACCCUUCUUAUUCACUGUCUGAUUUCAGCAAGAGAGAAGCAAAUGAUACAGUGACUGAAAGCUUUUUACUGGAUCAGUGUAGCACUUCUCUUCCAAAGCAUUCGGCCCUUCUAGAAAUGCCAGUGGAUAAACCCCCCAAAUUGUCAGCAGAACCAUCCGAACAACAGAUGGCAACUGGUGUAGUCUCAGCAGAAAAAGGGAGCAGGAGGCGGAGAAAGUUAAGGAAGAAGAAAACUCUGAGGGCAGCCCAUGUGCCAGAGAACAGUGAUACAGAGCAGGAUAUCAUUGACUCUAAGCCUGUCCGGAAAGUCAAGGGUGGAAAGGUUCCUAAAGGAGAUAAAGUUACUACAUCCACUCCUCCAAGACAGGAGGAUGGAGUUACUGCUCACACGGCAAGAAACAAAGAUGAGAAUGACAGUGAUGCUUCUUUGGAACUAGUGGAAUUUCCAACACCCCAAUAUGAGGUGGUUGAUGUUGUUUCAUCAGAGUCUGGAGAUGAGAAACCAGACAGUCCCUCAAAGAUGCAGUCACGUGGCUCUGUGGAUCAAGCAGUCCUACAUGUGUCUUGCUCGGGUUAUGAUGAAGUGACCUCUACCAGUGAGAUUGGCACAAAUUAUAGGGAUGAUGGGAAAAGGAGUAUGUCUGAGAUGCAGACUUCCGUAGGAUCGCUAAAAGGAUCAAAGAACUCAUCAGAAGUGUCUUCAGAGCCAGGUGAAGAUGAAGAGCCCACAGAGGGAAGCUUUGAGGGACACCUGGCUGCAGUGAAUGCUAUUCAGAUUUUUGGGAAUUUGUUGUAUACUUGCUCAGCAGACAAAACUGUUUGUGCCUACAAUCUGGUUAGCAGGAAGUGUGUGGCCAUCUUUGAAGGACAUACUUCAAAAGUGAACUGCCUCCUAGUCACUCAGACAAAUGGAAAGAAUGCUGCACUCUACACUGGCUCAAGCGACCACACUAUCAACUGUUACAAUAUCAAGACCAAGAAGUGCAUGGAACAGUUUAAGUUGGAAGAUCGAGUGCUCUGUUUACACAGUAGAUGGCGGAUCCUUUUUGCAGGCCUUGCAAAUGGCAAUGUGGUUACUUUCAGCAUAAAGAACAACAAGCAGGUUGAUACCUUUGAAUGCCAUGGCCCUAGAGCAGUGAGCUGCCUAGCCACAGCUCAGGAAGGAGCACGCAAGUUGUUGGUGGUGGGCUCCUAUGACUGCACCAUCAGUGUGCGAGAUGCGCGGAACGGGCUGCUUCUCAGAACCCUGGAAGGUCACAGCAAGACUAUCCUCUGUAUGAAGGUUGUGAAUGAUCUGGUAUUCAGUGGUUCCAGUGAUCAGUCGGUACAUGCCCACAAUAUUCAUACUGGAGAGCUAGUACGGAUCUAUAAAGGCCAUAACCAUGCAGUAACGGUUGUCAACAUUCUUGGGAAAGUGAUGGUGACAGCAUGUCUGGAUAAAUUCGUUCGUGUUUAUGAACUGCAGUCACACGACCGCUUGCAAGUCUAUGGAGGCCACACAGAUAUGAUUAUGUGUAUGACCAUCCAUAAGAGCAUGAUCUACACUGGAUGCUAUGAUGGCAGUGUCAGAGCUGUGAGGCUUAAUCUGAUGCAGAAUUAUCGUUGUUGGUGGCAUGGAUGCUCACUGAUCUUUGGAGUUGUGGACCAUCUGAAACAACACUUGCUAACUGACCACACCAACCCAAAUUUUCAGACCCUAAAAUGUCGUUGGAAGAACUGUGAUGCUUUCUUUACUUCCAAGAAAAGUUCCAAGCAGGAUGCUGUAGGACACAUUGAAAGACAUGCUGAGGAUGACAGCAGGGUUGACUCGUGAAGUUGUUCACCUCCCACAUUGGGAAGUAAUUUUAUAUGCCAGAAUUAUUCCAAAAAACAUCCAUUUCUUACUCCA